GGGGUGGGGGGGAGCGGAGCAAAGCCCCCGCCCCUCCAUUGUGUGGGAAGUUUCCCCGGACCAGCGCUUCUCCGGGACGGAGUUUCCACGUCGGGGGCCCGCUGGCUUUCUGCCGCCCGUGGAAACGAAGUGGCUCCGAAUCCGGAUUCGCGGGGCAGAUGCAAACAAGGGGGUUGCAUUUGCGCUUCGGAGCAGCCGCGGAGUAAAUUGCACGCAGCGCAGGGAAAGAGCGCAGCGCCGCUCGCCCGCGGGCACCACGUUGCAAAACUCCCGGCGCGCAAAGUUAGCCUAGCGGCGCUUUGCAAAGCCGCGGAUGGCGGCGGCGGCGGCUUCAGGCCGGUGCUUGUCCGGGCCGGACCGAGAGCCCUGGCCGGGAGUGGGCAUCUUCCGCCGGAGGCAAGCAGGGCUCGGUCAGUGCUGAAGGAGAAAUUUCUCACUGAACGCCGGCAUUGCACGGACAGAUCUGCGGGAGAUGAAAAACAGGACUCGGGUGCGAGACAUCCCAGCCCGCACUUUGCAAGCGUCUCUGGAAGGCUGUGUUGAAAAGCCAGCGGCAAGGACGGUGUGAUUGUGGGCUGGCAUCCGCUUCCCUUUCGCUAGAGGUCGCUCCCCAAAUAUCCUGUGCUGGGGAGGGUCUCGGUAUAGCGGUCGUCCUACGCAGCGUUUGGCCUGGAUAACUGUGCUAUGAAUUGGUUGCUGAGGUUUGCCUGCGUUACCCUGGUCUGCAGCAGCCUUGCUGAAGGUAACAACAAAGCAGAACCUCGCAGGGUGGUGGGCCGCAAAGGGGAAAGAGCCCUUUUGCGCUGCAACCUGCUGAAGCCGGACGAGACGAGCCCCCCUCUUUAUGUCAUUGAGUGGGUGCGGUUUGGUUUCCCACUCCCCAUCUUCAUCAAAUUCGGACUGUAUUCCCCCCGUGUGGAUCCAGACUACGUUGGUCGGGUACGGAUCCAAGCAGGGGCCUCUCUGCAGAUCGACCGACUGCGUGCCGAGGAUCAGGGAUGGUAUGAAUGCCGGGUGCUGUUCCUCAACCGCCCCAACAACGAUGAUGAAUUCCAGAACGGCACCUGGAUCCACUUGAUUGUCAAUUCUCCCCCCGUUUUCCAGAAGACCCCGCCAGCUUUAAUCGAGAUCCAGGACCAAAAGUCUGUGACCCUCUCCUGUUUGGCCACUGGCAACCCACCACCCUUGGUCUCUUGGAAGAGAGACAGCCAAACCAUUGAAAAUGGAAAAGAAAUGCAGGUGAAAAAUGGGACUCUCUUUAUUGCUAGAGUCGAACGGACCUGUGCUGGGCUGUACACUUGCCAUGCCAGCAAUCAAGAAGGCACCGUCAUUCACACAACCCGCCUCCUAGUCCAAGGGCCACCGGUGAUCGUGAUCUCUCCCAAAGAUGUCACCGUGAACCUCAGCCAAAAUGCCUUUUUCGCUUGCCAAGCUGACGCCUACCCUGCCAACCUCACCUACAGCUGGUUCCAGGGGGGCACCAACGUCUUCCACCUCAGCCAUCUCCGGUCCCGGAUUCAAAUCCUGGUGGAUGGAAGCCUCUUGGUCCAGAAAACGACCCCGGAGGAUUCGGGAAAAUAUACCUGUAUCCCCAGCAAUGGGCUGAGGAAACCGCCCUCCGCUUCGGCCUUCCUUACGGUUCUGUAUCCAGCUCAAGUCGCUAAGAUGCCUCCAGAGACCUUCCUACCGAUCGGCAUGCAAGGCACGAUCCGGUGCCCCAGCAGAGCCCACCCCCCACUGCUCUCCGUCAGUUGGAUCAAAGACGGGCAGCCUCUGGAGAUUGGCAAGUUCCCAGGCUGGUCCCUGAAAACCGACGGGACUAUUAUCAUUGCCACAAGCAACGACGAUGCCCUGGGCGUGUACGCUUGUACCCCGUACAACAGUUUUGGAACGGCGGGCACUUCAGCACCCACGCGGGUCCUCCUCAAAGAUCCUCCCACGUUCACCCUUCGGCCCAAACAGGAAUAUUUCCAGGAGGUGGGCCGGGAGCUGCUAAUUCCAUGUGUGGCCCAAGGAGACCCCAUACCCAUCAUCUCUUGGACAAAAGUGGGCAGCAGGACCCUGGUCAGCGGGCAGAUGGGCACGAACAGCAGCUUGAUCCUGCGGCCCCUGACGAAGGAACAGCACGGCUUGUGGGAAUGUGCCGCCAAUAAUGGCGUGGCCAGGGUUAGUGCCACCACCACAGUCUACGUGUUGGGUACCAGCCCUCACGCUGUGGUCAACGUCUCCGUGUGGCCCUUACGACAAGCCGUUAAUGUUACCUGGGAACCAGGGUUUGAUGGAGGUUACUUUCAAAGAUUCAGCAUCUGGUACACCCCAAUAUUGAGACGCCUGAACCGGCCCCACCACGACUGGGCCUCGUUACCAGUGCCCGUGGGGGCUUCCCAUAUCCUGGUGGAGAACCUGCAGCCAGAUACGAGCUAUCAGUUCAGUGUCUUGGCCCAGAACAAACUCGGCAGCGGUCCUUUCAGCGAAAUCAUCUCCAUCACGCCUCUGGGGGUCCCAAUUCAGACUGUGCCCCCCAUCCUCCCAACCACCGCCUCCCUGGUCUUCCUUCCCCCACCCCAGCUCCUGAGAUCCAACGAGACCACGCGGGGGGUCCUCCUCCUGUGGGAACCUCCACUCCACGAUCCUUCGGCCUUGACGGGAUAUUCGCUGGAGCUGCGCCAGAAUCAGGGGAAGUGGGAGGUGCUGAGUGGGUCCAUUCCCAGCUCCGAGACCCAUUUCCUGGUGCCAGGACUCAUCAAGGAUACCUUCUAUGAGUUCCGCCUGAUAGCCUUUGCCGGUAGCUACAUCAGUUAUCCCAGCAACGUGGUGAAUGUUUCAACCACAGGAAUGGAGGUGUACCCUUCUCGCACUCAGCUCCCCGAAAUGCUACCGCAGCCUGUGCUGGCUGGCGUGAUUGGGGGCGUCUGCUUCUUGAGCACGGCUGUCAUUUUUAGCACCAUGGCAGCCUGUGUCAUGAACCGCAGGAGAGCAGCCCGUCUACGCAAACGCAGGCAAGAUCUACCCAUUGUGUUUUCCUCCACCAAGAAGCUUCUCUCUACACAGCAUUCAACAGGUACAGCUAGCCCAGACAGCAUUAUGAAGCUGAAACUUCAAGGGUCUCCCUACCAGAGUCUUCACCGGACCCUCUUCUGGGGCGAGAAAGCUGGCCGUAACCUCAGUCUCAAUCUCUCGGGUGGCCACGCCAGGAACAGCACCAACUACGUCCCCUACGAGAGUCAUGUGGACCAGCUGCGUCCUCUCGAACGCAUCUCCCGGGGUCCCGACGGUCGCUUUGUAGUGUAUAGCGAGGACGAGUUGCGAGAACACCGCCUGGAGGACGGCGAGGGCCCACCGGAGCCCUAUCUGCAACUCUUCUCUCCUCCCAAGGACCCCGCGUGGCACCGAAGUGUCCACCUGAGACCCAAGAACGCCCGCCAGGCCCAACAGGAAGCCAAGGCCUCCGGCCACCGGCAAGGCCGCUACUUUGACUACAGCAGUAGCAGCCUGACGGAGGAAGCCGAGCCCUUGCGUAUCGUCAGCAUCAGCCCGGUGGCCGCCACACCGUACGGUGCUGUCCAGGAUACCCAGUGGCUCCCGGACCCCGUGGCACUGUCUCCCUCCUCCUCCUCCUCCUCCUCCUCCUCCUGCUCCUCCUCGCCUCGCCGUACAUCAAAGUCGACAUCUCCGUCACCCAGCGUCCAGGCCAGGGCAAGCAAUUCUGCCCAGAGCGGGAUUCUCCAGUAUCUGAGUUUGCCCUUCUUCAAAGAGAUGAAUGUGGAUGGUGACUGGCCUCCAGAGGAGAACGAGAAGGAAGAUGGACCCUUGCUGGAGACCGUCCCCCAGGAGCCUGGCCUUCUGGGCAGCCCCAGGCGGCCUGUUGCGCCGGAUCAGGACAGGCCAGCUGGUCCGAUCUACAUGGACAUGGAGCCCGAUUCAAGCUCCGUUCAAGAUCAGCUGGGGGAAACUUCCUUCCUUCGACUUCCGGAUUCUGAUACGGGUCCCGCGAACACCCCUUUGCCGGGGUCCCUGGCUUGUCCACUGUACCUCUGUUCCAGGGCCGAGAGCCCACCACCAAAGGACCAAGGAUGGUUAUGGACGCUGUCCUCCUCCUCAUCAUCAUCACCAGCCUCCCAGCCCCUUCCGGAUUGUGCCGAGGUGGAGGUCUCCUGCUUGGCCCUCCCCUUGCCCGAGCUGCCCCCCGAGACGCACAAGCCCCCCGCUGCCAAUUUCCCACUCCCCUCGGAGAAAUUCCUGAGGGGCAGCUUGACCAGCCAAAGCAGCGGACGGGGAAGUGCGUCUUUCCUAAGACCACCGUCGCUGGCCACCUCCGUGGCGGGCAGCUACCUCAGUUCCCCCGUCGGGGAAGCGGCCAGUUGCCAAAGCAGCACCGUGGGAGAAGAGAGCAGGUCCAAAAAGGAGAGUUUAGUUGCUGUGUUGGAGAAAAGGAGGAAUACUUCUGUGGACGAGAAUUACGAAUGGGACUCGGAGUUCGCUCUGGAAUCGGAGCUACUGGACGCCUUGCAACUUUAUCGGAGUGGGGACCCCAAGAGGCCCACUUCCACCAUCGCGGCCCAGGAAUUGGAGAAGCAGAGCUUCAGAGGCUCAGCCGAAUCCAGCAGAACGUCCCCUUCUACUUCCCAGUCGGUCGGCACCUUGGAUGGGUCCAGCUCUCCGCUGCCCUUGGCCAGCCCGGAAGAGCGUUGCGCCGCCCUGCGCAAAGAAUUCCUCGCUUACCGCCGUCGCCGAGAAAUGAUUCAGCAACGGCGGCAGAAGUUGGACCCCAGCGGGAAGGAUGAGCGAUUUGAGCAAGCCACCUUAUUCUAAAAAAAAAGAAAAAACCCUCCCUGGGAUUUUGGGAGAGGUGCAGUUUGGCCUCUGUCCACAAGAGGGCAGCUUUGGGACAACUUAAAUGCUAACUGCCCUCUAGAGGCAUGCAGGAGAACUUGCUUUGGAACCUCAGACUUCCAAAGAUACCGGGCGAAUUUUUUAUUUUAUUUUUUGCAAGUAUUUUUUUUCCCAAAUCUCGAGUGUUUUAUCCAGGCAGGAAGAAAAAUAACAUUGACACCACCCUUGUGGGUGUCUUGGUGGGUGUGAACGCACACGCGUGCUUUAUUUCCAGCAGGAUUCUAGAUCAGAAGAAGCGGGUGGUGGGAUGUUGGGUAAAAGGGGGCUUUGCUGAAAGGAAAAGAAAAAAAAAAGGACAUUUUACCAAAAAGUUGGUGUCUUGCAAAUUCUUAAACAUGAAAUUAGCAUGGAAUUGAAGAGCUGGUUUGCAAAAAAGAGGGAGCUGAGUCACUGAAGGUGUGCAUGUAACUUGGGAAUAGGUCUGCGGGCUUGUUUGGAGGCAGACAAGGGGAAGGGAGAGAAAUAAAGCAAGUGGAGCAGAUCUGACCCUCUCCCCCAGUCCUAAUUCACUUGUGGCUAGUGGUCAGCGAUGAUGGGAGAUGGAAUCCCACAGCAUCUGGAAGACCACAGCUUCAUUGCCUCCAAGGACUGGGGGCCAAAUUCAGGGUGGAUAUGCUGAUUCUUCUUUUUCCCCGUUCUUAAAUCCCAAAUUGAGAAUUAUUAAGAAGGGCUAGUGGGGGACAUGAUAACAGUCUUACACUAUUUGAGGGGCUGCCACAAAGAAGAGGGGGGUCAACUUGUUUUCCAAAGCACCAGAAGACAAGAAACCACCGAUGGGACCUAAUCAAGGAGAGAAGCAACCUGGAAUGAAGGCGAAAUUCCUUGACAGUGAGGACAAUUAACCGGUGGAACGACUUGCCUCCAGACCUUGGGGGUGCUUCAUCGCUCGAGGUUUUCAAGAAGAGAUUGGACAGUCGUUUGUCUGAAGUAGGAUCUCCUGCCUGAGCAGGGGGCUGGACUAGAAGACCUCCAUGGUCCCUUCCAAGCUCUAUUCUGAUCAUUAGUUUUUAAGUUACGGCUGGAGCAGAUAGCUGGCCUUCUAUCAGGCAACACCGUUUAAAAGAUUAAUUGAAAAGUGAAGAGUAAAAAUGCUAAAGUAGACGGUAAAAAUGGAGAGCGUAAACCCGAAACUGCUCACCUGUUGCCCUCUUAAGCUCCGCCCCAAAUUUUGGGCUUACAUGACCUGGUGGAAGAGACCACUGCUUUUGAAACGAGUCCCCCUCCCCAAAAAAAUCCUGCCUGGCAUGGAGUUGCUUUUGUGCCGGUCUUAGCCAAAGAACGCCAGUCCGGGUACUGUAGUUCUCAACUUACGACCGCAGUUGAGCCCAAAAUGUCUUCUUGUUAAGCAAGACAUUGGUUAAGUGGGAUUUUGCCCCCUUUAGCCACCGUUGAUAAGUGAAUCACUGCGGAUGUUAAAUUAGUAACAUGAAUUGAGCUUCCCCUGUUGACUUUGCUGGUCAGAAAAGGGUAAAAAGGGAUCAUGUAGCCCCGGGAUGCUGCGACCGUCCUAAAUAAGUUGCCAAGUGGCCGGAUUUUGAUCAGGGAUGCUGCAACGGUCAUAAGUGUGAAAAAAACGGUCGUAAGUUGCUUUUUUUCAGUGCCGUGGUAACUUUGAACGGUCACUAAGCGAGCUUUUGCAAGUGGAGGACCACCUAUACAGCACAGGCCCCCAGUCUUUUGGGCACUAGGGGCCAGUUCCAUGGAGAAAGGUUUUUCCACGGAUCGGAGAGUGCGUGUUUGUUGUGUGCUGCCUGCAACCCGUGGAUGGGGCUUGGCUUUGUUUGCGUGGACUGGUUGGCGGCAUGCCGUGGCCCGGUGCUGGUCCACAGACCGGGGGUUGGAGACCCCUGCUAUAGAGACAGACCUUGAUUUGUGUCCACCACGGAACCCAAAAUUAAAGUUUUGAGUUUUGCUCCA